UCUCUUGAAGAUGUAAACAGUUGUCGGGAUCCGCACGAUGGUCACCUGAAAAUUAAACAUGAGAUUAUUUAAGCGUAAAAUAGCGAUCAUAGUUGUUCUUGCUUAUGCUAUAUUUUCACUCUAUGCCGCAUAUAAUGUGUUUUUUAGUAAAAGGGUCAUAUCUCGUGUGCAUCGAGUAGUCAAAAAGGGCUCUGCGACUUUAGAUAAUGGGAACGUAGGUGAUGAAGCGUGGAACCCAUGGGAAGAAGACGAGCGUGCCUACUCUAUUGCAGUCCAAAAAAAUCGAGAUGCAUUCAGAUCAUACCAAGAUCAAAUUGCUAAUAGCAGGCCAAAAAGAUAUAAAGUUCAUAUCUGGGGAAAAGCUGCCAUAGGACUUUAUCUUUGGGAACACAUUUUAGAAGGUCCUCUCAACCCCCCGGACAAAUCUAGCCAAUGGAGAGAAGGGGAGAUCGAGUCGGGAAAGAUACAUUUCAGUUUCUUCACAGGUCCAGCAGUAGUCCAAGGACACAUUGCUCUCGACACAGACAGUGUGGUAUUAGUGCUGAAUGGCCGUGUGCAACAAAAAAUCUCCUACGCCAUCCAGUGGCUUCAGUAUGUCCAGGGCCUGGUGCAGGCACACACUGUGUCCCGAGUGGCUGUGGUCCUUUUGGGCAAUGAGCAGUGCAAUAAUGACUGGAUCAGUUCUUACCUGAAGAGGAAUGGAGGAUUUGUGGACCUUCUGUUCCUUGUGUAUGACAGCCCUUGGGUCAAUGAUAAAGACAUCUUCCAGUGGCCGCUAGGUGUUGCCACCUACAGGAAUUUCCCUGUAAUCACACUUAGCAGUCAGAUGAUCAACUCUGCUAGACCAUACCUCUGCAACUUCCUCGGGACGGUCUACAAAAAUUCCUCAAGGGAAACUCUUAUGAACAUCCUUAAGCAGAAAGGAAUGGAGAAAGAGUGUAUCAUGCAUGCUAGAGAGAAGUGGCUUCCUCAGGAGACGACCGACACUUCCAGAAAGUACCAGAUGGCGUUAGCACAAAGUGACCUCACUCUUUGUCCAGUAGGAAUAAACACAGAGAGCUAUCGCAUCUAUGAAGCAUGUGCCUAUGGCUCUGUGCCUGUAGUGGAGGACGUCCUGACUCCAGGGGACUGUUCAGCCAGCACCCGGUCCCCACUCCGACUACUUAAAGAUGCAGGAGCACCCUUCAUCUUUCUCAAGGACUGGAGGGAGCUGUCCGUUAUCCUGGAGAAGGAACGAGGAAUGAGCCAGAAAGAGAAAACGGAGAGGAGGAUGAAACUGCUGGAGUGGUACAAUGCUUUCCGUCAGCAGAUAAAAGACAAGUUUACAGAGGUCCUGGAAGACGCAUUUUUUAAAGUCAAUUAGGAUGAGCUUAGGGAACGUUAUUUUGACUCACAUUGAUGCUAUGCAUCAAUAUCGUGCUUUAAGAGAUAUAUAUUUUUUUGUUUAGUUCGUAUACAGUGAUGUUUUAUUUGUGAUAUGUUUUUGUUUGUAAUAUAAGUUGUUAAGUUGAUGUUAGUCAAAUGCUGCUGUGCAUUAAUGCCCUCAAUGUUUACUGUCAAGUAUUAAUUUAUUAUACAUCAUGUCAUUUCAUGCAAAUAAUCCAAACACUGAAGUAUAUACUUUAAAUAGUAUAGUUUAAUAAAUGAUCUACCUAGCUGUGUUUUAUGUAGUUGUUAGUUUAGACAGUAAAUUUAACAUUACAUUUUUCACAUGUGUCAUAUGUUGUUUUCAGCUUGGUGCAGUAUAAUAAAAGUCAUGAUUUUAUUUUGUAACUGCUUGGUUUUUACAAGCAGUAUAAAAAUAGGUGUAGAUGGGAUAGUUUCAGCAAUGCAAUAAAUGGUCAUGAGUUCGACCCCACUUAACACACUAUUGAUUGCAUGUAUAGCUUGUUAUGCAUUGUAAGUUGCUAAGUGUCUGCCAAAUGCAUUAAAUAU